GCUGGAUGACGUCACGGAUAUGACGAAAACAGCGGGCUGAAGAGGAAGUUUGAAAAGAAAACAGACGACCAACAGAAGUCUGGUGUUAUGCUUCAACAAUGACUUCAAGAGACAUACUGGAGUUGCAGGAGCAGGUUAGAAAUCUGUCUGAGGAGUUGACACAAUGUCAGGCAGACAAGGAGUUCGUGUGGUCCCUGUGGAAGCGCCUCCAAGUUGAAAAUCCAGACCUGACCCAGGCUGUGAGUCUGGUGGUGGAGCGAGAGAAGCACAAAAAAGAAAUAAGGGACAGAAAAGUGCUGGAAAUCCUCUUCGCCAAAGACCAAGAGAUAAAUGGACUCAAGCAGAAAGUGAUGAACAGCCAUGAACAGAGGACAACAGUGGAUGAGGAGACUGGGUUAAUGAAGAAGGAACUAACAGCUCUGCGUGAGCAACUCAUCAAUAAAACCAAGGAACUUGAGGAAAUCAGGGCCGAGUGUAGGAGGAAAGAUGAGGAGAAUCAGCAGGUGGCACUGGCCCUUGAGGUGGAGAAAAAGGGAUUAGCUUCCCGCUGUGCUGCCCUGCGAGCUGACCUGGAGGAGAUGGAGCGGCAUGCCAAGAGCCAACAAGACCAAAGGGAAGCCGCUCAGGCCAGAGUCAAGGAUCUUGAGGAGCAAAUGCACAAGGAUCGCCUGGCGAUGUCCAGACUCCAGGAUCACAACAGCAGUCUGGCCACCCAGCUGUCUUCCAAGGAAAGGGAAACAGAAACAAAAGAGCAUCAACUCAACUCACUCCUUCAGGAGUUUGCAGAGGUGCAGACUCUGUACAAAUGCAGCAGCAAACAUGCAGCAGAGCAGAGCGAUCUCAUCAAGCAGCUGGAGGGACUGAACCUGGACACACAGAGAGUCUUGAGGAACCAAGAAGAGGCUCACACAGUUGACACCAACUCGAGUCACAUGCUGUACAACGAGUUGAGUCGCAGCUACCAAGCUCUCAUUUUGAACGAGUCCAAGCUACGUGAGAGUAACCGAGAGCUUACCACCCAGUUGGUUAAGAAGGAACAGCAAAUUCUACAACUCCAGGCUCAGUUGCAGCAACAUGCUUCACUUGAACAGCAGCAUCAUCAGCAACAGGCUGUGCACAGCGUCUUGUACCCCUCACCCAACAGACAGACCAACUUCAAGGUACCUGUUUUUGGACCAGAAGCUUCCACGUCUGAAGCUGACGCUAUAUUAAAGUCAAGUUCACUGGAUGAAUCCUCUAGAACCCAGUCUUCCAUCAGAGGACGCCAGGUGAAACCAGUUCAUCGCUCCAGGUCUAUGUCCCCGACCUGCAGUAUGGACUUCAGCUCCAGAAGGGGACAUGGGAAUGAGCAGAUGAUUGAGGACCUUGAAAGUCUGUUAGAGCUGAAGACAAAGGAGAUUGAAGAACUGAAGAGAGCUCAUGACAGACGUCGCGAGCGAAUGUCUCUCUUUCGAAAAAACUACAAGACAGUUCAAGAGCAGCUUAAACAGCUUCAGAACACCACAGAGACACGUGAAAGAAUAAAGCCAGCAGAACCGUGGCAGCUAAGACAAGAAGACAGUGACUCUGUCUGGAAUGAAAAUACUUACUUGAAGGAUCUCACCCAGAGACUCACCAUGGAAAAAGCCAGUUUGGAAGAGGAAGUGGACACGUUGCGAGUGCAGUCUGCAAUGGAUCGCGCCACUGUUAAAGAGCUCCACGUGCUUCUCUCCAACGAACACCAAGAAUUGCUUCACAGAGUGGGAAUGGAGCACCUAGUCAAAUGCAGCUCUUCAAACCAGUCGUCGGUUUCUUCGAAGCAAAUAGAAGAGUCAUUGAUGAAGAUGGAACAGCUUGAGAGGCAGAUGAUGUCUCUGGAGCAGGAUACUGCGAGACUCAGGGUAGAGAAUAAACAUCUUCUUGUGACCAAUGAAGACUUACUCCGCAACUGCCGUAAACUUCAAGCCUCCCUGGAUCAGCAGAGAACCCAUGAUGAUGCCCAGAAACAGUUUGCUAAGACACAGGCACAAACCCAACGGGAGAAGCAGCAAAAUGAGAUCAUGGCUCUAGAAUCCCAGUUGGCUGCAUCUCAAAAAGAAGCAACAAGGCUUCAUAAUCAGUUACUGAAGUUGAGGCAGGAACUGGGGAUCCUGAGGGCGGCAAGGGACUUCCAUAGGAAACAUUCAGCAGGACCAACUCGCCCAAGCAAGAAUGCCAGCAACAUUAACAACAAGGUCAAAUUGAAAACAAGGCACAGAGGUUCCCGGCACCGACUUAACUAUGAAGCGCGGAGCUCCAAUCAAGCCAUCAGCUGUCGAGGUCGUAGUCCCAGUCCCACCCAGGAGGAAUGGGAGGACAUAAGCAUAGAUGGCGACAGUGGUGAAGAGUACUCUGACAGUCUGAACAGUGUGUCCUCACAAUGUCCAGCCUACAGACAACACAUGAGCAAUAAGUCCUGCAGGUGCCCAAAGUUUCAACGCCGAGUAGCAUCAGCUGGAGAACCAGAAAGAAAACAAACUAAUGCCCAAGAUGAUAAUCAGCAUGAGCAGUGGGAGCGAGGGACGAGAGGAAAGAGGAGGAAGAGGAUGCUUGUAAAGGCCCAGCACUGCUCCUCCUCUUCUCUGCAACAGCGCGUGGAGUCCCUACAGCGCCACAUUCACAUGCUGCAAAGUUCUAGGAAGGCUGCUUUGCUUUCAGCCACAGAGCUGCGUUGCGAGAAAGAGAAGAUGACGGCACAGAUGAACUCCCUCACUGAGAAACUGUGUUCCAGCAGACAACUCGCUCAGAAGCUGGCCUCUGACCUGGCUGGUGUGGAGCAGCAGAAAAAGGUCCUGGAGAUGGAGCUGGGGCAGUGGAGGCAAAGCGCUUUCUCCCUGCAAACGGCUCCAGUGAACACAGGCAGCGGCCAGAGCAAAAGCACGCCUGCCCCGGCUAACUCGGUCUCCCAGGCCCUGGAGGCCGAGGUCAAACAACUUCAAGCUCGACUCAAGAGUACAAGCGCCGAGGUCACACGGCUGGUGGCAGCUAACAAAGCCCUGCGAGCCCAACUGCAGGAGAAGGACGACAAGCUCCGCCAGCUUCAGGACAAGUGCAAUCACAUGGAGCGUGACGUUAAUAUGAAGCGGCAGCUGGUGGAGGAUCUGAGGACCAGGUUGAAGGUCUUGCAAGAGAUGGAGAAAAGCUAUCGCAGUCAAGUGGAAGACCUGGAGAAGAAGGUGAAGACUUUAUCGGAGGAGGCUUCCAACAAAAAGACCCUCAUUGAAUCCCUCAAGAGAAGACUUAACUCAGCAGCCACAGAGAAAAUCCAAUACGAGACGUCUUGCACAAAUCUGAAAGAGGAGCUGGAGAAAAAGGAGCAGCGCAUUCAUGCCCUACAGGCUCGUGUGGGAGCCGGUGAGCAAUCUCUGGCUGCGAUGGAAAGGACGGCCACUGAGCAAAUGGAGGGGUUGACCCAGCAGAGCUCCCAAGCUUUGGAAAAGCUUCAAAAACAGCUGAACCAAUCCCACGCUCAGCUGCAGCAGCUACAGUCUUUCAUCAAGGCCCUGGCCACUGAAAUACUUUUAGACGUUCAAGAGGUCAAACAGCAGUUGAUGAAGAGGAGGAGGUUGAGGCAGGCCGAUAUUGUGGCAGCAAAGGGCGGCCUCUCAGCCAAGUCCAUGAUCAAAGCCAAGUCCAUCGCUGCCUCCAUACUCAAUAUGUCGGAGAACGAUCUCGCAGAAAUGAUGGACGCCGAUCAGGAGACUGAGGCCAGUGUAGAGCGCACCAGAGAGCGGGAUUGGCUGGAUCUCAUUCACCACAUCCUCCAGCAGAAGAUCCCCUCUGCUGGCCAGCUAAUGGAGGCUGUACGAGUGAAGAUGAAGGAGAGGAAAGUGCUGACAGAAGAGCUGGCCGUGCUCGCAACACCAGUCAGCGAAAAAGCCUGACUCCCUGGGCUGAGGCUGGGAAAACUGUCAUCCUCCUCUCUUUCUCUCUCCCUCCCCGGCUCCCGCUCAGUGGGUGCUGGGCCGAACCAAGCUGAGCCGGAGCAGCAGAACCAAUAUUUGUGUGAAAAGCACUGUUGACUCACUCCGGUCCACUGGCUCAACACAGCAGCCGCGGUUUUGUAAAUGAGCCCUCGACAUCUGUGUUAGUGCUCAGUGUUCUGUCUAUCUGAGAGAGUCCUUUAGCGCCCGAGCUAAUUUACUCUGCAGCCACUCGGCUGCUCUCAGACCUGCGGUGGUGAGGCAAGUGCUUACGCCCAUGUUAAAGUUUACUUUUUUCACCUCCGCUGCUCAAUUAUUCGGCACCUCAAGGACUUGAGGGGGCUCUGACGUGACCUCGCGAGUCGCAUCGUCAAGACAAUGAUGAAGGUGAAUGUGUACAUUGUUUUGUUUUUUACUGUGUGUUGCACUCAUGUGUCAAAGCUGUUUUACUGCAUGAAGAAGAUGACGCUUUAAGUUCAAAUUAAAUGAAUUAUUUGGGUUUUUUUUAAUCAGCCUAAAAUAAUAAUUCUGCCUCAUCUUGUGCAUUGUACAACUCAGAAAUAUAAAAGUUCAUCGA